AUGACUAUAGUUAGUGUGAAAUAUCUCAAAUCACAAAGUAUAAUUGCACAGAAUUGUAAAUUAUGCAAACAUAUCUACAUCCAACUAACCACAUCCAUCUUCUCAAAAUACAAAAAAAAAGAGAAUAGAGCUGGAAUGAAUAGAUCAAGUAUAGUUUUAACAAUCGUCGUUAUGAUGACAAUAUUUGCAUUGUUUUUCACAUCAACGACGCAAUCGAGAUCAAUCACAAUCAACGACAACAACCAAAAAGAAAAUAUAAUAGACAACAUUGUCUUUGAACAACAAGCUGAUGUUGGUAAUUUCACAGACUGUCUAUUCUGUUUCGAUGCAGUAUUAGAGACCAAUCGUCAAUACAAAAAAGGAUCAACCUUUACAGAAAUCUAUCAAAGUCUGAUUGCAAGAUGUUCAAAGAGACACAAUUAUAUUCCAGAGUGUAUCGCUUACAUUAAAGAAAAUGAACCAACCAUUUGGACUAUGGUCGAUGCAAAUGAAGAAAGCAUCUGUAAACAAUUGGGUCAAUGUCCAUUAUAA